AUGAAAAUUAGUGCUUCUAUCACAUUGUUUGGAGUGCUUUUGGCAUUGACAAUCUUAUCUUGUAUUGUGACUGUUCAAGCUCAGGAUAGAAGAGCCUAUGCUUUGCAAAGUAGAGGAGGAAAUGAAGGAAUUAGUAUUGUGGUCAAUGUAAAUAUCAACCCACAUAGAAAGAAGAGGUCUGCUGAAGCAUUCCCAGUUGAUGAUACCACAAAGAAUGUAGUUGCUAGUUUCAAAGAAGCUCUCUCAUCAAAGGAAGAAAGAGAAGUUGCUGAAACAUAUCUUGAGUUUGCUAACAAGAUCAAAGGAAUUGCUGAUAAACUUGAUCAAGUCCAAACAACAGAAUCCAACGAGUUGAAACAACAACUCUUGGCUAUUGUAAAGGAUUUCACAGUAAAGUCAGAACAUCCAUCAGUUGAUAUCUUGCAAUCAUCACUUACUGAUAUUUCAAAAGCCAAUGAAAAUCAACCACUCAAGGAAGAGCCAGCUCAACAACAACAACCAACACCAGAAGGUGUUACUGGCCCUGUUUCAUUCGAGUCAUCAUCUGGAGCUAAAUCUCUUUGGCUUGGUCAAGCUAUCUCUAUUGCCUCACUAGGAAUGAACAUAGUUGAUGGUAUUGGAACUUACUCUGACAAAAUUUCAAAGGUCGGUAAAUUCUUGUCAGGUCCAGUUGCUAGCAAAUUAGAUAAAUGGGGUUUGAAAGGUGUUUCAGAAACUGCCAAAAAAUGGGGUUCUUCCGUAGACACAUUUUCUCAAACCAAGUUAAAGCCAAUCGAAACCAAGGUUGCUGCAAAGAUUGCCCCUGUUGUUAAAUCCAAGACAUUCCAAGCUGUAAGAAGAACUUUAAAUGUUGUUUCUGGAGCUCUCAGUUUGAAGGGAGGUUUGAAGGCAUUGGGAAUGGUUAGAAACAUUAAAUUGCCAACCUCUUACAAGGCACUCAAGACCUCACUCACAAAGGCCACUAAAUUUGUUAAGAAUAGAAAGCAAGUAAUGAGUGCUAUUAGAAAGACAGUUUCUACUGCUGGUAAGAAUUGGAAGAAGAUGGGUACUGUUGCAAAGUUGAAGAAUGCUAACGAAUUUAGAAAAGCUUACUCUGGAUUCAAGACUGGACUCUCCAGAAAGACCUAUUCUAAGCCAACUCAAAAGAGAUCUAACAACCAAUCAGGAAGAAAUACUAGAAACAACUCUGGAAGAUCUUCUUCUCAAAGAAGAUCGAGUGGUUCUUCAUCCUCAAAAUCCAGAUCAUCUGGAAGUAGAUCAAGCUCAGGUAGAUCAUCUGGAAGUAAAUCUUCUGGAAACAGAUCUGGAAGUAGAUCAUCUGGAAACAGAUCUAGCCCAAGCUCAGGUAGAUCUGGAAGCAGAUCUUCUAAAUCAUCAUCUGGUAGAUCUUCAUCCUCUAGAUCAUCAUCCAGCAAACGUCCACCUUCUUCUGGAAGAAGAGGUAAAUAA